AUGACCGUGUUCAACAGCCAGCUGCCCGGCGUCGUGCUCGCCGCGCAGUCCCUGUUCGGCGCCGAGCCGGAGAUCCCCGACGCCGUCCUGGCCAAGAGCUUCCAGGUGGACGCCGACACCAUCAAGCUCCUCAAGUCCAAGUUCCGCAAAGGAUGA